UUUCCUAACCAACAUGAAUACGUUGUGAAUAGGCGAAAGUUGUUAUGAGUAAGAGCACGAAACAGAAAUGCGCUGGGCAUGUAUGCAGACACAGACUUUUUCGUUUAUGGGAAACCCACAAGACAGUUAAAGCACAGAAACUCCGCAAAGAGCAAGACGGUCAGGUGAUAGACUUAGAAGACCCUAAUCAUGGUACAAAAGAUCCAGACGUCGUUGCUAGAGCAGAACUAAUUAAGGCGUGCAGAGCUUAUUUUGCUGACACAUACCUCAAGAAUACAGAAAAUAAGAUUGUAGGAAGGUGUAUGUACUGGGGAAAAUAAAAACAUAGUAAUACAGCCAAUGACUUUUAAUGUGCCACCAUAUGAAAUCGAAUUGCAAAUAUUCGUUGGUUUGCGACAUGCGACAAGUAUUAUUUAACUGCGGUUUUGUGUUUAUGAGGGUCCAUGCUAUGUUAUAUUAAAGCAAUAGCCUGGCCGAAUACAAGCAGGGCAAUAUAGGCAGCUUUCGUGCUCAAGGCGUAAAGAGUAUAAGUAGUAUUUUCAGUCUAAACUUAAAGCGGAAAUACGUCAUAACGACUCUGAGUGCAUGUGAGACUAGAAAUGUCUUCGACAAGACACGCCGCUUAGACUUAACAGCCGGCAACCGCUAAGCGACAGCGCUUAGUCAGUGUAUAGAGUACUCAGUACUGUAUACAUACAUGGCACAGCGCCAUCAGAGUGAUUAGUGCCAAGUUCCUGCGGCAAUGUUUUGAAUGACGAACACUUGAGAAUACUGAAUAGAAGAACCUUUCUUCGAUCGCUGAAAACGUAUGAGCGCUAAACCAUGACAUCCGUUUCUUCAUUCUGUUGUUGUGGCGAGUAGCGACCGUGGGUCAAACCUAACUCCAUGUAAAACGUAGCUACAGGCAGUAUACAGUACUAGCUAGCAUUAAAGUAAAGAGGUUUCUGUAACCUGUAAAGAUACGUAUAUAUAUAUAUAGCGUAUACCAUGAUAUUAUUAACGCCAAACUAAAAAUAGCAGUUAGGUAUUACAUUAUCUCUGUGUGUUGCUAGAACCGAAGUAAUGGCGGCGUUUUCAAAAAAUUAGUUGCAGCCGUUUACACAUUUUUAGAAGGAUCUCAAACUUUUGGUUCUAUUGCUAUUUUUAAAAGUUAGUUAAGUUACGAGAUGGGUGCUGGUAGUUCGGUAACGCCCCGAGAUGAUAUGCACCUUGUGAUUGUGGGCGGUGGUUAUGCAGGGAGCUAUUUCGCCGUGCAAAUGAUCAAAAGCGGGUUGUGUAAAGUGACGUUAAUAGACGGAAGGGAUGCAAUGUUUCAUAGCGUUGGUGCAUUACGAACAGUCGUUGACGAAGAUUACUUCAAAUAUUUGUUCAUUCCGUACGAUAAAAUGUUGGGUGAUUCAUUCACACAGGGUGAGGUGUCAGACUUGGACACAGCGUCAAAAACGCUAACGUUAAAAGAUGGGAAGACGGUCACCUACACACAUCUAGUGAUAGCGACGGGCAGUAGUUCGUCAGCCUUUCCAUCUAAAAUGGCAGUGGAUACUUCUGUAGAAGAGGCAAAGAAGUUAUACAGCGAAUACCGCAAAGAGGUGGUCGCUGCCAAGCGUGUAUUAAUGGUUGGAGGUGGAGCGGUCGGUGUCGAGCUAGCCGGAGAAAUUAAAACGGAAUUUCCAGACAAAGAGGUCACUAUUGUUUCUUCCAGCGAUUUUCUUGUCACCACACGAACAAAGCCCGCGUUUCAAAAGAACAUAAUGGAUUGCCUGGUAAAAAAGAACAUAACUGUCAUAAUGAACGACCGAGUGUCGAAUCUCGACGACUUAACAUUAAACAAACACGUGGAAGGACAAGUGGUUAAGACAACUGGUGGCAAGGAGUUGACAGCUGAUCUUGUAGUACCUUGUACUGGAAUUACAGUAAACAACCAAUUCUUCAAACAAGCGCUUGCCGGUGCAUUAACGGAAAGCGGUACGUUGGAAGUGAAUGAAUAUUUCCAGGUCAAAGGUCAUAAAGAAAUCUAUGCAAUGGGUGACGUCACGAACGUAAAUGAAGAAAAAAUGGCGUACACUGCAAAAAUCCACGCAGAUCUUAUUAAAUCAAACCUGCUGGCAGAGGCAAGCGAUCAAACAAGAAAGCCAUAUCCAGGAGCUCGUGUCGCAAUGGUGGUCCCCGUUGGUAGAACCGGUGGUGCUGGUCAGUUUAUGGGAAUGCAACUUGGCGACUUCGCCGUGAAAAUGUUUAAAGCAGAAGAUUUGUUUGCUAAGUCGAUUUGGAGUGACCUUGGAAUGAAGCUACCUCAGUAGUCGUAACAGUUGUGACUUUCAUACAACGAUAAGGAUUCAUCUCUUAUUGCAUUGUGAAUCAUGGUUUGAAUGUGUUAAUGAACACACCUGGCGUGGAUCAAACAGCAUCCGAUCUUGAAACGAAUAUCGGCGUAUCUUUAAAAUGAGUUUCUUUAAUAAAUGUUGUAAAUUGAUUUGUGAAAUAAAAUUUUAAAAUCCU